UACUUAUAUCUACUUGCGUCAACUCCAAAUUACUAGUCUCAUUCAACGCUCAGCUGAUUAUGGAGUCUCAGCGUUGUAACUCAAUUAUUUGAUAGCUUAUUAACAAAUGUGAUAGCGUCGAAAAAAUAGAACUCGAAUUAAAGACAAAAAGUUUGCUGAUUAAUUGAUAAUUAAUAAUUAUUAAAAAUGGACCGUCGCAGAGAAAUAAUUGUUGAUGAAACACCUAUGCAACAAAUGUGGAGAAGUUUUUCAGGCAAUCCCUUUCUUAUGGUUGGAGUCACUGGCUUCAUAGCAACAGCAAUAAUAGGAGGCUACAGAUUCGCAAAAAGACCCAAAGAUUCACCACCUUCAUUAUUUUUAAUCCAGCUCCGUGUAACAGCCCAGUCUGUGGUGGUCGGAAGUCUAGGAAUCGGAAUGCUCUACGGUAUGGUAGACCACUGGAUCUUGAACCCCAAACCCAAGAGGAAGGCUAUCGCUGAUGCUGAAAAUAAAUAAUUAAUUAAUUAGGAGAAAGAAAAACUCGAACAAUAAUUUUAUCAGAUAUUUUUUGACAUGUAGAAAAGAUCAUUACUUCAUGCUACCUCAUUUAGAUAUUUUUUCAUCCGCCAACCUAGACUCGUAUUAUUUGUAAAUAUCAUGUUAUAACUCACUGUAUUUAUUUAUUCAAUCAAUAUGUUGUAUUAAAAGACAGUUUAUUUGCUGGAAGAAAAAUAUGAAAAUAAAAUGAAUAUAAAGUUA